AUGGACGAUACUCUGGUAGGAGUGAUGCAAGAAAUGUCUCUAGAGGAAGAUGUGCCAAUUCUUUUACCGGACGAUGAUGAUUUUAGCACUGUGGAGAGAAGUCAUCGUAGCUUAUUGGGACGUUUGCUUAAUCCAAACUGUCAGAACAUGGGUUGCAUGUUACGCACGAUGCCGAAGAUCUGGAGGAUUUACGAAAAGGUCCGUGGGAUUGCACUGACUAAGGAGAAUUUCCAGUUUAUCUUUGAACUGGAAACAGAUCUUCAGAUGGUGUUGAAACAGGGCUUUUGGACCUUUGAGGACUGGGAAAUGGCGAUGAAGAGGUGGAUGGAGACUCCACCAAGUAACUACUUGCUGACAGCGGCUGUAUGGAUUAGACUUUCCAAUAUACCAGUCAACUACUUUACCAUCAAGACCAGUGAUACGGUGGCAUGA